AUCACAUGUAAACACAGAAAUGCUGGUUUAUCGGCAUUUCUCUCAUCUCGAGCUGUCACGCUAACAGCUCGAGAGUGUGGCCCCAGAAGUGCCAUCUGUCAGUGUCCAUCAGUGCCAGCAGUCAGUGCUCAUCAGUGCCAGUGCCCCAUCAAUGCCACAUAUCAGUGCAUACCAGUGCACAUCAAUGCCGAAUAUCAGUGCCCAUCUGAGCUGCCUUUCAGUGUCACCCAUCAGUGCCAGUCAGUGCCACCUAUCAAUGCCAGUCAGUGCCGCCUAUCAAUGCCAGUCAGUGCCGCC